AGUGACACAAUUAUGAUAGAGACUAUGUCGAUCAAGUUGAUAUCAGUCUCGCAAAGAGCUAAAAGGUAAGCGACAAGGAUCUAGGCGCUCUCUGACAGGGUCGAUCAGAUGCCGUCCUUGAGGUAUGCCUCACUGUACCUCGGCGAGAGCUGUCAUCGGCAGCCAGUACACCCAUCGCACGUUUCCCCCUUCUACGCCAGUUUCAUUUCGGCUCUACAGCCUUCACACCUCGAUCGCUGCCUUGCGUGCCAGCCAGGCGUUGAUAGGACACAUCAAGGACAAACUCGCAUGGACUUUCUUAUUUCGGCCUAAUCAACUGCACCCCAUGACGACUGUCAUGGUUGUUACCGUGUUGCAAAGUUCGUUGUUCCAUGCCUAUGGAUAAUCGCGGAGAUAGACGCUGGGGUCGGAUUGCUUAUAUGCAUCGCAGUCGCCGUUGAAACGAGCCACGCAUAACUCGUCGACACAGCAACAUGGCGGGAACAUACCAUAAAGAUGAAUCGAACACCGUGAAUCGCUACAAACAUCAAGCAACUUACGAUGUCGAUACAAUCCAUGCCAUCGUCAACAGCACGCCCGUCCUGCACGUUUCCUUCGUCCCGGACACUUCCGUCCCAGUGCCAGUAGUUCUUCCUAUGAUCGGCCAGAUCGGACACUAUCCAAGCGACUCUGAAUCCCAUUGUUACUUGCACGGCUAUGUAUCCAGUCGUCUCAUGAAUUUGGCUGCCUCCCCUCCAGGGAUCCCGCUCUGCGUCGCAGCUACCAAGGUCGACGGUUUCGUUUUGACACUGACUCCCAACACGCACAACUACAACUACCGCUCCGCAAUCCUCCAUGGGCAUGGUACUGUCGUAAGCAGCGACGAAGAGAAGCUAUGGGCCAUGCAGCUAGUCACUAACUCCGUCGUUCCGGAGCGUUAUGAAAACAGUCGCGUACCGCCGGACAACGCAGAAAUGCAGUCCACACAAAUUCUGAAGAUGAGAAUCGAGAGCGCAAGCGGAAAAGUGCGCGAGGGUGUACCAGAAGACGAAAGGAAGGACAUGAAGAGAGACGACGUGUUAGACUCUGUAUGGACAGGCGUUAUCCCGGUUUACGAGAAGCUGGGUGAGCCCGUAGGCGGGCCGUACAAUAGGGUAAAGGAGGUACCAGAGCAUGUGAGACGUUUUGUUGAUGGCGAAAAUGCAAGAAGGUGGACGUAUGCGGUCGAAGCCUCGAGGAAGCCGGCGCCCGUCAAAAGAGUGAAGAAACAAAACCAGGUGGAGUAGGCAUGAUAACCAUUGACAGUCCUCUCCUCAGUCGAGUAAGUAAGCUAUCUACAACUUUGCAGAAACCCCCUGGUGCGCGCUCAUCGAACCUAGGAAUAUAGCUUUAUCCUCAAUCAUCGUUUUGGCCAAUGCGUCCCGUGAGGAACAAGUAGUCGCCUUAUUUGAGUUCGAGCGGAUAUAACGUCUGACGACUUCAAGCACGGCCGUGUCGGGACUUGUCCUUGCAUCGUACAGCAGAACCAGACUGCUUGUGAUGAACUCAACAGAAUCAAGAAUGUCUCGCC